AUGCCUGAAAAGUUCUAUGUCACAUAUAACCAGGUACACAAGCUGUGUCAAAAGUCCGCCGACAAGAUCCUCGAGGACAUCCAUCCAAAUCUCAUAAUCGCAAUCGGCGGUGGUGGUUACGUUCCUGCUCGAAUCCUCCGAUCAUUCUUGAAGCGCCCCGGUGACGCAAACAUCCCCAUCCAAGCGAUCGGUCUCUCGCUCUAUGAGAACCUAGGUCGCGAUGACCCCGAAGAAGUCCCCGGAACCAAGGUUACUCGCACACAAUGGUUGGAUCUGAGUUCGUUGGAGAUGGCCAACUUGAUUGGCAAGAACGUUUUGAUUGUCGACGAGGUGGACGAUACCCGUACUACGCUUGAAUAUGCCGUUCGCGAGUUGGAGAAGGACGUCGAGCUUGCGCAGAAGAGUUUGGGUCGGGAGGGUGAAAAGACUACCUUCUCUAUUUUUGUUUUACACAACAAGGACAAGGCAAAGAAAGGAAAGUUGCCCGAAGAGAUGAUUGCCGCUGGACGGUAUCAUGCCGCCGUUACAACUCGUGACAUCUGGAUUUGCUACCCAUGGGAAGCCAAGGACAUUGACGAGCACGACGAAUUAGCCAAGAAGAACCCCAUCAUCUAA